AUGCCGACACCAUCCAGCAACACACCCCCUACACCCCCCGAUUUGCCACCCCGGACACAUAGCUCUUCAUGUCCUGAGGAUGUUCACUCUCCCAGCACUUGGCGUCCGAACGAAGAUGGGCUAGAGGUGAAUACUGAUAGCGAUGCGACCAUGUCGCCGACACCCAUCACCGCGCCCGCCGACGAAAUUGUCGUCGACGAGUUGACCGAGUCGCGAUCCACCACAGAAUCACCACGGCCCGACUCGAGGAGCGGCACCGAUCGUUCGAUCUCGGAACCAAUCGAAACAGAUACACCAUCACAUAAACAGCCAGAAGAGCUGGGGGAUGUGCAGCGUGGUACAAUUGUGGCGCCGGCCGAGCGACGUCGCUCUCGGUGUGACAUUGAUACCACGACGGCAGACCAGGACAAGCUUGAUGAUGAUGACAGACGGAUCCCUGUAAACUAUGGCGAAUACCCGCCAUCCAUGGGCUUCGACUAUUCUAAUAUUCGGAUACUUCCCAUGGCACCCUCUUCAUACUUGCGAGCUGGGAGCAAGUUUCAUGGGACACAGCAAUCCGAACGCCAAAUAUACGAUGUGCAAGUUGAGAUUAAGUAUGUCGAUUUGCGCGAGUCUUUUCUGUCCGUUGAGCGAAAUGUGGCGCGGUCUCGAUCAUCCAAGCUUCAACCACCAUGUCUAUCGGAUACAUUUGCUGACCAUCCCGACUUCGAAAUAGGCCUGACAGAAGACAACCCUACCUUAACGACGUACUUUGAGGGCGAGAUCAUCGGUAACCGCUACGACUUCCUGACAAAACACGAGGGUUGGGGUGCUACAGAGAAGAUCGACCUAAACCACUGGGGCAAAUUCUCAGCGUUCCGGCAGUAUAGCAAGCAGGUGCGGAAGGGUGUUGCUGUGUCAAUACCCAACCUUGCGCAACGCGAAAAUAUUUUCAUGCGUUGGAAGGAACACUUUCUGGUGCCUGAUCAUCGUGUCACCUCCCUCAACGGCGCCAGUUUCGAAGGGUUUUACUACAUUUGCUUCAACCAGAAAGAGGGUGCUGUCAGUGGUAUAUAUUUCCAUGCCAAAAGCGAGAAGUUCCAACAAUUGGAGCUUAAGCAUGUGGAGGACAGGGGCUGUUUCAGUGCCCUGGAGUUCCGAUGA